GGUAUCCUCUUUGAAGGAAAAAAAAAACCACUGUUGGUUUUAUUUUCCACAAAAAUCGUGAUUUGGAACAUUGUUGCCAAAACAAGAAAACAACACUAUUCCAAACAAUUGAAAAGGAAAGAAACACAGUUAGUUGAUUAACAUGUUCUGAGAUUGAACCUUUUAAGCCACCAACCCUCUCUGGUUUCAUUCAUUUCCUUCGUCUGCAGGUACUCAGUAAUAUUCGUACACCCUCGCAUCAUACCCUUUGAUCCUAAAAUAUAGUAGCCUUCAUCCUCUUAUGGGUUUUUGAUAAAGCAAUCGUUUUUGUCUCUGAAUUUGGAAAACAGCUAGUUCCCAUGGAAGGGUUGGUGAGUUCUGGGAUCAACACCAUUCGUGUUUUUGGUGUUACAAAGCACCAAUCUCGUUUUCUUCAUUCAUCAAUGCUGCAUCUGAGGAGUAAUAGAGUGUGUGGAACUGGAAUUGGGGUUGAGGAGAAGAAAAAGAGGAAGCAGUGUUUCGUUAUGGCUGCAUCUGUUGGGGGCUCCAAAGUGGGCCAUUUUGAGAACACACUCCCUUCCAAAGAGGUUCUUGAGCUUUGGAGAAAGGGUGAUGCUGUUUGCUUCGAUGUGGAUAGCACUGUGUGUUUGGAUGAAGGGAUUGAUGAGCUUGCUGAGUUCUGUGGGGCUGGAAAGGCUGUUGCAGAGUGGACUGCUAGAGCGAUGGGUGGUUCUGUUCCGUUUGAGGAAGCCUUGGCUGCUAGGUUGUCUUUGUUCAACCCCUCUUGGUCUCAACUUCAGAAUUUUCUUCAGCAAAAGCCACCAAGGAUUUCCCCUGGCAUAGAAGAGUUAGUCCAGAAGUUAAAGGCUAAUGGCAUUGAUGUUUAUCUUGUCUCUGGUGGCUUCCGUCAAAUGAUCAUUCCUGUUGCAUCAAUACUUGGAAUUCCAGAACAGAAUAUUUUUGCCAAUAACCUACUUUUUAAGAGCUCUGGAGAGUUUCUGGGGUUUGAUGAAAAGGAGCCUACUUCAAGGAGUGGAGGAAAAGCUGUUGCUGUCCAACAGAUCAAGAAGACUCGUGGUUUCAAAACUUUAACCAUGGUGGGAGAUGGGAGAUUCUGAAGUAAAAUAUGAAUG